AGGGAAGUGUAUAAGAACAGCUCUUAGACUCGCUUCUGUCAAAUUCAUGUGGGAUUUUAUUCAUGAAUUCAUAUCGGCCUGAAAUUAUGUUUGAAAGAGUGAAGAAGAACUGGUGAAAAUAGUUCAUUGUGAUAAGACUGCUUUGACUUAUCUUUUUCGUAUCUUUUUUGUGGGAUAUUGUUCACUAAUUCAUCCAGAAUUGUGUGUUUUCUUUUUUUUUAAUUUUAUUUAGAAAAGUGAAUAAGUACUGGUGAAAAUAAUUCAUUGCCAUAAAAUGAGAUUAUUUUGAUUAUUCAUUUUGGUAUUUUUGCGGAACAUUACUCAUAGAUUCUUAUCGAACCAAAAUUACGUGUAUUUUCUUUAGAGGAGUGAAAUACUGGUGAAAAUAAUUCGACAAGAUAACAAUAUUUUUUCUACUGUGAGAAUAGCGACAAAGAGAUAUCAAAGACAAAAUCGAUUGAUCAAAGCGUUUCGAUGAACCAACGGGAGAUAAGGAUGUAGUAGACAUCUUUUGUCGCUCCUAUCAGCUGGCGAAAGCGGCGAAGAUAGGAAGAGCAGAGAGGAAACAUAUGAUAGUAUUUGAUAGUAAUUAGAAGUGAGUGAGUGCAGACGCACAAGAGGCUGUGUUCGACCAGGAAGCAUCUUUUACCUCUAUUUCUGUGGCCCAAACCUACCCCCAUGGCUGGAGCAAUCGUCGAGCAGCUGCCUAUCCCCUGCCUGUACCUAGGGGAAGGCCCCUUGUGGCAGCCCGAUCUGGAGGCCCUGCUCGUGGUCGACGUGUUUGGCAAGGCGGUCCGGAGGCACUUUGUCAGGACAGGGAGGCAUCAGGUGCUUCAUAUAGACGAUGGCGGCGAGGCGAAGACAGUUACCAUGGUGAUUCCCGUCGAAGGAUCUCCCGACUCCUACCUCCUGACCGUCGGGAAUAGGAUCUGCGUGGUGAGGUGGAGGACUCAGGACCCCGACGAGCACACCGUCAGGCCGAGGGUCGUUAAGGAUACGAGGGACAGCCACUUCAACGAUGCCAAGUGCGAUCCGAGGGGGCGGCUGUGGGUCGGUACGACGGGCCCUCAAGACGAAGCAGGAGAAAUCACACAGAUGUUUGCUGGGGCCCUGUAUCGGCUGGACCACGAUCUCACUUUCAAUAAAUGUGUGGAUAAGGUGUCGUGUUCCAACGGCCUAACGUGGAGUCCGGACCGGAAAACCUUUUACUACAUAGAUUCCGAAGCCUUUUCUGUGGACUCUUUUGACUAUGAUGACGUCACAGGCAAUAUUAGUAACCGUCGAACUGUCUUGGACUACUCUACGGCUUGUCUUGGCGGCGCGAUCCCAGACGGCAUGACCAGUGACGUCGACGGAAACCUCUGGAUUGCGAACUUCCGGGGCAGCCAGGUGAUCUGCGUCGACCCAGUCAAAGGCCGCGUCACCAGGCAAGUUGACCUCCCUUCCAAGAACGUGACCUCGGUGUGCUGGGGCGGCCCCGACUACGCCACCCUCUACGUCACGUCAGGCAAGAUGAGACUCAACCUGGAGGACCUCGAGCGAUGCCCUGCUGCGGGAGGGACCUUCGCUAUAACGGGGUUGGGCACGAGGGGCGCCCCCGCCACUGCCUUCAGGAGCGCUGUGGACUUGGCGGCGGACUUCGAAGUGGCGGGGUAAAAUAAAGUAAAUUAAGAAUAAUUAAAAAGAAUCUAAAUGAAGAGAUAGAUGAAAUAAAAUAAAUUAGGGUCUAAGGGAAAUAGUCAUAAACACUAGGUGAGAGUAAAUGAAUCACAAAAGACAUUUUAGAUUACGAUAACUCAUGUUGAUUAAUCAAUGAAGGGAUAUGAAUAGAAUAUAUACAGGUUGUGAAAAUGUUGAGAAUUAUUUAAGACGAGGUUAGGGAUUAGUGUAUAAAUUAAUCUCGGUUUUCACAAUAAUAUUAAUAAUGGCUAUGUACUGUGUGAUAAGAGACGGUGAAUUUAUUGUGAUAA